AUGCAGCACAUUUCAUACACUACCAGGCAGAUUCCCGCUGGAUUGGGGAUAAGUUUAUAUUCAGUGUUCACUGCUACAGUGUUUGGGUUUUGUAGGUAUUGGGCAUCUCUGCGAAAUCUGGUGGUCUCCUUGAUGAGUUCUAUGAAGUCUAUCAUCAGUUUGCUCUUCCUCCUCUUCCUCUUCAUCGUUGUCUUUGCUCUCCUAGGAAUGCAGCUGUUUGGCGGCAGGUUUAACUUUAAUGAUGGGACUCCUUCAGCAAACUUUGACACCUUUCCGGCAGCCAUCAUGACUGUAUUCCAGAUCCUAACAGGUGAGGACUGGAAUGAGGUUAUGUACAAUGGGAUCCGCUCCCAGGGUGGAGUUAGCUCAGGCAUGUGGUCAGCUAUCUAUUUCAUUGUGCUCACCUUGUUUGGAAACUACACACUGCUGAAUGUGUUCUUGGCCAUUGCUGUAGACAAUCUGGCCAAUGCCCAAGAGCUGACCAAGGAUGAACAAGAAGAAGAGGAGGCCUUCAACCAGAAACAUGCAUUGCAGAAGGCCAAGGAGGUCAGCCCGAUGUCUGCACCCAACAUGCCUUCUAUCGAAAGAGACAGAAGGAGAAGACACCACAUGUCGAUGUGGGAGCCACGCAGCAGCCACCUGAGGGAGCGGAGGCGCCGGCACCACAUGUCAGUGUGGGAGCAGCGCACCAGCCAGCUGAGAAGGCACAUGCAGAUGUCUAGCCAGGAGGCCCUCAACAAAGAGGAGGCCCCACCAAUGAACCCCCUCAACCCCCUCAACCCGCUGAGCCCCCUCAACCCACUCAACGCCCACCCGAGCCUCUACCGGAGACCCAGACCCAUUGAGGGCCUGGGCCUGGGCCUGGAGAAAUGUGAGGAGGAGCGCAUUAGCCGCGGGGGGUCCCUCAAGGGGGACGGAGGGGACCUGCCGAGUGCCUUGGACAACCAGAGGAGCCCCUUGUCCUUGGGCAAACGGGAGCCACCAUGGCUGGCCAGGCCGUGUCAUGGGAACUGUGAUUCGACCCAGCAGGAGGCUGGGGGAGGGGAGACUGUGGUGACCUUCGAGGACCGGACCAGGCACAGGCAGAGCCAGCGGCGCAGCAGGCACCGUCGUGUCAGGACCGAAGGCAAGGAACCCUCCUCCACCUCCCGGAGCAGGUCUGCCAGCCAGGAGCGGAGUCUGGAUGAAGGGGGGCCCACCGAGGGGGAGAAGGACCGCGAGCCCAGGGCCAGCCACGGGGGCAAGGAACCCACAAUCCAGGAAGAGGAAAGAGGCCAAGACUUAAGGAGGACCAACAGUCUGAUGGUGCCCAGAGGCUCCGGGCUGGCAGGAGCCCUCGAUGAGGCCAACACGCCCUUAGUCCAGCCGCAGCCAGAGUUGGAAAUGGGGAAGGACACGGCUCUGACAGAGCAGGAGCCGGAGGGCAGCAGUGAGCAAGCUCUGCUGGGGGAUGUGCAGUUGGACAUGGGCCGGGCCAUCAGUCAGAGUGAGCCCGACCUCUCCUGUGUCACGGCCAACACGGACAAGGCCACCACUGAGAGUACCAGCGUCACCGUCGCCAUCCCCGACGUGGGCCCCUUGGUGGACUCAACUGUGGUUCACAUCAGCAACAAGACUGAUGGAGAAGCCAGUCCUUUGAAGGAGGCAGAGAUCAAAGAGGAGGAGGAAGAGGUAGAGAAGAAGCAGCAAAAGAAGGAGAAGCGUGAGACGGGCAAAGCCAUGGUUCCCCACAGCUCUAUGUUCAUCUUCAGCACCACCAACCCGAUUCGCAGGGCCUGCCACUACAUUGUGAACCUGCGCUACUUUGAGAUGUGCAUUCUCCUGGUGAUCGCAGCCAGCAGCAUUGCCCUGGCAGCCGAGGACCCUGUCCUGACCAACUCGGAGCGCAACAAAGUCCUGAGGUAUUUUGACUAUGUUUUCACUGGCGUGUUCACCUUUGAGAUGGUUAUAAAGAUGAUAGACCAGGGCUUGAUCCUGCAGGAUGGGUCCUACUUCCGAGACCUAUGGAACAUCCUGGACUUUGUGGUGGUGGUUGGCGCAUUGGUGGCCUUUGCUUUGGCGAAUGCCUUGGGAACUAACAAGGGGCGGGACAUCAAGACCAUCAAAUCUCUGAGGGUGCUCCGAGUUCUGAGGCCGCUGAAGACCAUCAAGCGCUUGCCCAAGCUCAAGGCUGUCUUUGAUUGCGUGGUGACUUCCUUGAAGAAUGUCUUCAACAUACUCAUUGUCUACAAGCUCUUCAUGUUCAUCUUCGCUGUCAUCGCAGUUCAGCUCUUCAAGGGAAAGUUCUUUUAUUGCACGGACAGUUCCAAGGACACAGAGAAGGAGUGCAUAGGCAACUAUGUAGAUCAUGAAAAAAACAAGAUGGAGGUGAAAGGCCGGGAAUGGAAGCGCCAUGAAUUCCACUACGACAACAUUAUCUGGGCCCUGCUGACCCUCUUCACUGUCUCCACAGGGGAAGGAUGGCCUCAAGUCUUACAGCAUUCUGUUGAUGUGACAGAGGAAGACCGAGGACCAAGCCGCAGCAACCGCAUGGAGAUGUCCAUCUUUUACGUGGUCUACUUUGUGGUCUUCCCUUUCUUCUUUGUCAAUAUCUUUGUGGCUCUCAUCAUCAUCACCUUCCAGGAGCAAGGAGACAAGAUGAUGGAGGAGUGCAGCCUGGAGAAGAACGAGAGGGCGUGCAUCGACUUUGCCAUCAGUGCCAAACCUCUCACCCGCUACAUGCCGCAGAACAGGCAUACCUUCCAGUACCGCGUCUGGCACUUCGUGGUGUCGCCGUCCUUUGAGUACACCAUUAUGGCCAUGAUCGCCUUGAACACCGUCGUGCUGAUGAUGAAGUACUACUCUGCUCCCUGUACCUAUGAACUGGCCCUGAAGUACCUGAAUAUUGCCUUCACCAUGGUGUUUUCUCUGGAAUGUGUCCUAAAGAUCAUCGCGUUUGGCUUCUUGAACUAUUUUCGAGAUACCUGGAAUAUCUUUGACUUUAUCACCGUGAUUGGCAGUAUCACAGAAAUCAUUCUGACAGACAGCAAGCUGGUGAACACCAGUGGCUUCAAUAUGAGCUUUCUGAAGCUCUUCCGAGCUGCUCGUCUCAUCAAGCUUCUACGUCAGGGCUACACCAUCCGUAUUUUACUUUGGACUUUUGUACAGUCCUUUAAGGCCCUCCCCUACGUCUGCCUUUUGAUUGCCAUGCUUUUCUUCAUCUAUGCCAUCAUCGGGAUGCAGGUAUUCGGAAACAUAAAAUUAGAUGAGGAGAGUCACAUCAACCGACACAACAACUUCCGGAGUUUCUUCGGGUCCCUCAUGUUACUCUUCAGGAGUGCCACAGGUGAGGCCUGGCAGGAGAUAAUGCUGUCGUGCCUCGGGGAGAAAGGCUGUGAGCCCGACACCACUGCGCCAUCAGGGCAGAAUGAGAAUGAGCGCUGUGGCACCGAUCUGGCCUAUGUUUACUUUGUCUCCUUCAUCUUCUUCUGCUCCUUCUUGAUGCUCAACCUGUUUGUGGCCGUCAUCAUGGACAACUUUGAGUACCUGACUCGGGACUCAUCCAUCCUAGGGCCUCACCACUUGGACGAGUUUGUCCGCGUCUGGGCAGAAUAUGACAGAGCUGCAUGUGGCCGCAUCCAUUACACUGAGAUGUAUGAAAUGCUGACUCUCAUGUCACCACCGCUAGGCCUCGGCAAGAGAUGUCCCUCCAAAGUGGCAUAUAAGAGGUUGGUCCUGAUGAAUAUGCCAGUAGCUGAGGACAUGACAGUCCACUUCACCUCCACACUCAUGGCUCUGAUACGGACAGCACUGGACAUCAAAAUCGCCAAAGGUGGUGCAGACAGACAGCAGCUAGACUCAGAACUACAAAAGGAGACCCUGGCCAUCUGGCCUCACCUAUCCCAGAAGAUGCUAGAUCUGCUCGUGCCCAUGCCCAAAGCCUCUGACCUGACUGUGGGCAAAAUCUAUGCAGCAAUGAUGAUCAUGGACUACUAUAAACAGAGUAAGGUGAAGAAGCAGAGGCAGCAGCUGGAGGAACAGAAAAACGCACCCAUGUUCCAGCGCAUGGAGCCUUCAUCUCUGCCUCAGGAGAUCAUUGCUAAUGCCAAAGCCCUGCCUUAUCUCCAGCAGGACCCUGUCUCAGGCUUGAGUGGCCGUAGUGGAUACCCUUCGAUGAGUCCGCUCUCCCCCCAGGAAAUAUUCCAGUUGGCUUGUAUGGACCCAGCCGAUGAUGGACAGUUUCAGGAACAGCAGUCUCUGGUGGUGACAGACCCUAGCUCCAUGAGACGCUCAUUUUCCACCAUUCGGGAUAAGCGUUCAAAUUCCUCAUGGUUGGAGGAAUUCUCUAUGGAGAGAAGCAGUGAAAACACCUACAAGUCACGUCGCCGGAGUUACCACUCCUCCCUGAGACUGUCAGCUCAUCGCCUGAAUUCUGACUCAGGCCACAAGUCUGACACCCACCGCUCAGGGGGCAGAGAGCGGGGACGGUCAAAAGAGCGAAAGCAUCUUCUCUCUCCCGAUGUCUCCCGCUGCAACUCAGAGGAGCGAGGGACCCAGGCUGACUGGGAGUCCCCCGAGCGCCAUGAGUCCAGGUCUCCCAGCGAGGGCAGGUCACAGACCCCCAACAGACAGGGCACGGGUUCCCUGAGUGAGAGCUCCAUCCCCUCCAUCUCUGACACCAGCACUCCGAGACGAAGUCGCCGGCAGCUCCCGCCCGUGCCACCAAAGCCUCGGCCCCUCCUUUCCUACAGCUCCCUGAUUCGACACACCGGGAGCAUGUCUCCACCGGCUGAUGGAAGCGAGGGUGGCUCUCCUCUGGCCUCCCAAGCCCUGGAGAGCCCUGAGGCCGGCCUGGCGGAGUCUUCCAGCUCCCGGCACGUACAGCAGGGUCAGCACACCUCCCCACAGCGCUACAUCUCCGAGCCCUACCUGGCCCUGCACGAAGACUCCCACGCCUCGGACUGUGGCGAGGAGGAGACGCUCACCUUCGAAGCAGCUGUGGCCACCAGCCUGGGCCGCUCCAACACCAUCGGCUCGGCCCCACCGCUGCGGCACAGCUGGCAGAUGCCCAAUGGGCACUAUCGACGGCGGAGGCGCGGGGGGCCCGGGCCAGGUGUGAUGUGUGGGGCUGUCAGCGACCUCCUGAGUGACACGGAAGAGGACGACAAGUGCUAGAGGCUGCUCCCCCCUCUGAUGCAUGCUCUUCUCUCACACGGAGAAAACCAGGACCGAAUUGGGAAGCCAGUGCUGCCCGGGGGGGGAGGAAGAGGGAGGAGGAAGAGAGAAGGACACCAUGCAUUAUUGGACAAGACGAAGGAAAGGACCCAAGGAAAACCAGUCGAACGUGCCCGAUUGCUUUACUUCCCUUUGCAAGAUGGGCACUGCCAUAGUUUUGCCUCUUUGCUGGGGAAAGGAAAUACAAGAACACAGAGGGUUAUUCCCACGGCAGAAGGGACGUGAGGAUGGCUUUGCUUCCCCUUGCCCCUUCCCACUUUUCUCUAAGCCGUGGAGGGAUGGAGCUGGCCUGUGUCUACGCCCCUUGCCCUGAAAAGCCUGGAAGAUUUUUCUGGCUCUUAACUGGGGAGUCGUGGAGGCCACAGGAGAGGAACCUCCUCCCUCACCAGCUCUUGCUCCCCGGCCAGCACCACUGCCAUCAGGGCAACCGCAACAGCAUCUCAUGCAUUACCCUCUGGCUUGCUUCCCCCAAAGAAGCACAGGCUAAGUUUAGGAGCCUUGGAUGCCAAGGAUAGGAGGCAAGGAGGGAGGGAAAAGCUGAAGUGGAACAAGGGGUCAGGGUGCCGUGGCAGCAGCAGCAAGGGCUGGUCUGGGUGAGCAAAGCCAUAGUCCAGCAGCCCAGACCACAGGGGAGAGACUCAGAGAGAUGAUGAAUGGGUGAUGUUGGGGCAACAGUCCUGUCUCUUGGAAGCCUGUCACCCACUCAGUAGGUGCUGCAUUAGGGUAGGCCAGGGAGGUCCCUCAGGCUCCACAGAGGUCCCUGACGCUCCAGGAAGGGUGAUAUUUUAAAAGCAUUUAACCCCUCUGGCCAGCACACCAGCUGGUGUGAGCAGAGUUUCAGCCUUCCUGCUGGGGCCCCGUGCUCUGCCAGGCCUUAGCCCUGCAAAUGCUGGUCAUAAGGGAUCCCUGAGGGGGGUGGGGGCCAUUUAAGGCACAGUCUGUUUUCCAACCAGUCUAGAAGAACGUGGAACAGCCCUACAGUUGUAUCAGCACAUACAGCCGAAUGUCAACCUAGACUCUGGCCCAGGAGCCCGCGGGCCUCUCUGCCAGUCCCUGACCAGGCAGCACACAUAAACCCAAGGUGGGCCCUACAUCACCUGGUAGAGACUUCUAGAGAGAGAGGAAAGGCAGACAGAUUGAAAUGAGAAGCUUCCAUGGGAGCAUCAGUGUGAGUUUGCUGAGGACCUCCUGGGAGGAGGGGCCCUUGGUCUGGCAGCUUCCUCAGCCAGCUUGUGCUUAAGGGUCAGUUUGGCAUGAUACUUGGAAGGUGAUCAGUAAAUAUACCUCAGCUUAGACCUGGGCUGCUCCUCCUAGCAAAGCAGGCUCUGACGGGGCCUCAUCACAUCAUGUGAUGAGACUGGGCUUUACCCCUCCCAGAGUAAGAGCUGGGCAGAAGACAGCCUCAGGCCACUGUGUCCUUCUUAACUCCCCAAUCUCAGAAGCAUUACGAAAAAGAGAGCCUUUCUUGGCUAAUCCGUGCUCCUCUUGUUUCGACUGUCCAUUCAGGGAAGCACAUCACUCUCUUUAUCUGGUGGAAUGCACCGUCCCCUUCACUUCCUCCCUGGGCUCAUCACAGUAAGGAGAAGGAUCCCCGGAGAAGGGCGCCAGGCAGGGCUUUCCCUGCUCCACCAGGAGCAGAUGGGGCUUGCCUCGCAGGACCCUCCCCUGGCCUGACAUCACAGUGGAUAAACACUCUUUUUUAUCUUCCUCCAGCCAAAACAGACUCCACCUCUUGGGUAGGAGAAGUUAGGGGCUGUUGUUUUUCUUAGAAGGAGCCUCCUUUUACUUAUGAAGCUUUUUGUUUGUUUUGGUUGAAAUGGAACUAAGGAGUAGUUGCAUCAACCCCGAAAAGCCAAAUACAAUCACGUGGCUGCAGGAUCAUUUGUGAUGGCUCUGCCUUCUCUUCUAGAUAUUGAUGCAGCUUCAUGACCCACGGUCAGCCCCUCCGAUCAAAGGACUCCCAGGGCAGGAGACCAGUGAGGCAGAACAUAAGCUGCCUCCUCUCAGACCUUCCGCUCACUUUCAUUUUCCUCUCCCGCUGAGCACUUGUGUACUCGGGAGUAGCUAGCAAUGUGAACAUGACCGUGGAACGCCCCGAUCCUAACAGGCAUGCACUUUACACAAGACUCAGGCGCUGGGCCUCAUAGUGUGGUAAAGGUUUCCUCUGCUCAGCAUCAUUUCGUGCCAAAGUGCUGCUGUGGGCUGCUUUCUGUGCACAAAAUUGCUUUCUUCCACCUCAGAAAUGCAGCUUUCCCUGGGGACAGGCCCACAACAGGACAGCCGUUCUGAGUCAGCAAGUCUAUUGCAUUGUGUUUUGAGAAAAGGAAUUGAAGCGAUAUCUUAAGCCAUUUCAACAGCAGGAGAAAUUUGGGCUGGCAGAGCAAUUACCAGAAAUGGAAUUUGCCUGUAAACCACAUUACGAACACUAAAUUUACCAUGCCAGGAAACCUUCCUGGACACCUGAACUCCUUAAACCCUUAUACACACAAGAAUUUGAGUCUUAAACGAAGUGCUGUAAAGCCCUGUAGACGCAAUCUCCCGACCAACCACCUGCGUUUUUCUAGAUCAGUUUCCCCUGACCAAGAAAUUGGGUUUCUUCUCCCUUAGCCUGCAUUUAUCUUUCCAUUAAGACCAGAAAAUAAAAGACAGUCUUCAGUUAAGUCACAGAACUCAUUAUCAUAAUCUUCUAACCAUUUCCUUCUGCCUGUUGAUAAGUAUGAACUCUCACCUUCCCUCUAAUAGUUGACCAGGACAUCCCUUCCUACUUAUCAGAUUCUGCCUCUUCUCUUUCCCUUGUAAAGCAGCCCCUUGAGAUCUCAAAACAUGUGCUUCUCUUUGGAUUAAAAAAGUAUGGCAGCAUCUCAAGAAAUGCCAAGCAAACUGGGAACACUAUCAGUGUUUCAGACACUCUGUGUUAUCAGACUUAGUACUGCAGGUCCCCUCAGAAGAAUCUUUAUAUAUCCAGUUUCCCUUGCUAAUAUUAGUCUUCAGCAUCCUCUCAAAACAAAGAAGUAAUGAGGGAGAGAGGAAGGGGAAAAAAAAGAAGGAAAAGAAACCAAGGUGGAGAGAUAGUCUAUGUCUGUGUUUAGAUACUCCUCUCUUCACUUACAGCUCCAGGCAGACUUCUAGUAACAAACUCACGUGUCUCCCUCUCUCAAUCCCCAUGAGGUCAGAAUGCCAGUCGGCCUUCAGACAUAGGAGUAGAGCUCUAGGUCAAGAGGCUCUGUGAACCAGGGUCAGGAUAGAAUUACCUCCACUAUAAAGAGGGUGUACCCUUGAAUGUCCCCCCCAGGGUCAACAUAAGCCAUGAACACAACUGCCCAAUGUGGAUCUAUCCCUUCUUCUAGCUGAGGAAUCAGUUUCUAUUCUGGGCUUCACUUCUGCUCACUACUCACUGUCCCUACAGGGUACUGAAAUCACAGACAUUUCUCUGAAGCUGAAAUCCAGAUGUUCUGGAUUUUGCGCUCUCUUGACUCUGGGACCACAAAAAGACAACCCCGUAUCCCACCAUUCAGCCGGCAUCUUCUUUCCAUACACACAUCCACCUCUCCUACAACCUUUGUGAUGAGCCUGUCUCCUGCCUUCUAUUCUCCUAUCCCAGCCCUUGCUCUGCUGCAUGUUAGCACUGACCCAACUCCUGAGAUGGUUAAAUUCACCUAAUCCAGGCUUGUUUGUUGACGUGCCUGCCUCUGCUGUGGGGGAAUGCUUUGAUCUCAUGAAAAUGGUUGGGGACUCACCAGGUGAUACUCACAAGGUGAUCUGAAACAGUAUAAGGUGCAGUACUAUUGGGGCAUGAUGGGGAUAUGAAAUGUCUGCAUACUCAAUGAAAGCCUACUGCAGGCAAAUUAGGUCUCUCCUGGCAUAAUAGAACAAAAUUUAAUAAUUUUGGUUUUUUUUUUAAAGAAAGUUCUCAAUUUUUCAUUACAUCCUAUUUCUAAAGCCUGUUCUGGAUGUCUCAUUUUUGGACAGAGUUUGUCUUUAGUAGGUUGAGCCAAGGAUACAUGGAGAUUCAUUUCUCAGCUAAGCUAUAAUAAAUAUUAUGAGGUCAUAUAAAGAAAAGGUAUAUAUGUAGCAGGCAGGGAGCAGAUAGUCCUCUACCUUGGAGGGACUUUGUGAAACUUGAAGGUUAAGGAAUUUUCACCCUUUUAUUUUUUUGAAUCAGUUUCAUGUUUGUUAUGAUGUGAGACCUUCAAAGGCAUGGUGCCAGUGUGCACAAAGAUCAUGGUGAGGAGAGGCAUUUCCAUGCCUUGGGGUAGCCUCUUCCUCAUCAGAUUCUCCCUUCCUGUCCAUUCUUCCUCCCUAGAUUCCCAGGCCUUGAGCAUUGUCUGAGAGGUUUAGGUGAGGUCAUUGUAAGGCAAGAUAAAAGAGAGAAGUGGUCCCCCUGCAAGUGGCCAGUUGGAGUGUCAUGUUUUAAUUCCAGACAAGAGCCCCACAAGGAAUCAGGUCUAGGUUUGGAUAAAUCAAUCUCCAUACUGAGACUCUUAAUUUAAUAAAAGCCAAACAGAAUUAACUCAGGACUUAGGACCUAACCUUUACAUGACAGGAUCAGAAGAGAUGCCACAUUAAUGAGUGCUGCCUGUAUUUGCAGCUCUUUCUGUCUUUAGUUUUCUCUUCGGCGAACCACCCAGUAUAUUGUAGCCAUUUAUCCCAACUGAGCCCCAGCUGAUGGCUUCUCUGCUGGUUGCAGUAGCAGGCUUAGCUAAUGACAGCUGAGGUGAUCGGUCAGCCAUCAUGUGCUGACUGACUCUCAUUCAGUCAGAAGAACACAGACAUACCACAUGGGGGAUUGGAUAAAAAACUGAAAACGGAAAGAACUAUCUUUGGUUUCUGAUGGCCAUCUUUUUCUUCCCUUAAAUCCUUCCUGCUUUGACCCUCUGAUGCUUAGGCAUCCUGGAGAAAUCACUCCAAGCCAAAGAUAACAGAUCCAUAGAUUGUCCCAGCCUACCCAAAGGGCCUGGAAAGCUUCGCUUAACAAAACUCAAGCCAGUUGGUAGAGAAAUAUGAAUGAGACUCACACAGAGUCUAAUGGAGAGCUGGGGUGCCUCCAAACUGCCCUUCUAUUUUUGUAGUCUUCUUCCUUCUGCUCCCUUCCCUCAUGAUAAAAAUGGGGAGAAAGGGACAUUGACCCUUUAGACAUUGACUCUCAAGGGGUCAUUGUCUAUGUCCAAAGGGACAUUGACCCUCAAGAAAGGUAUCUUGACCUAAAUGCAAAUGAUUUUAUAAUAAGCCAUGCUACUAUGUAAAUACAUUAUUGAGGCUUGAAUUCUUAUUUCUGGGGGUAUGAAAGAGUUGAGCAAAUCUGAUUUUAAAAAUGGUAAGGGGAUCUAUGUUUAUUUUUAUUUGGUAUCUUUUUGUUUGGAUUUUUUGUAACAGACCUGCUCUAGAAUAACAAUGAAGGAUAAAUAUGUGCUCUGCAGUGUUUCUGAAUCAGCUUCUAAUUAAUUUCCAUCAAACUUAAUAUAUUUAAACCAAAAAUCUGAGGUUAUAUAGUACCAGUUCCCUCUUCUCUGUUUCUUUUGUCUUUCUUCUCCUUCUAAGUCAGUCUCUGUCUCUUGUUUCUAGGGACAUAAAAUGUAACCUACAUUAAUGUAAAGUUUCCUGAAAACUUCAGUGAGAGCCAAGGAAAGAAUAGAAUGAAUAUAGAUUUUUUUCCCCAGUACAUCUUUAAUCAAUAAGUAGGAAAUUUAGGUCUUGAGAAGAUAAAAUGUUUAAGAGUAUGGUAAUCUGGAAAUGAAAAUUAUUGGGGGUCAAAAAUAAUUCUAUUUCAGCCUUCCAUACUAGUGCCUUCAGCAAGGGUAUUGCGUCUACAUGCUUUAUUUCCCUCACUAGGAAAAUUGAAAUACUAAAGCUUGGCUAAUUAAUGGGUGUGUCAUAGUGUUUGUAAGUAAAUUACUAUCACAUCAUUUAAAGUUCUUAGUCUCCACAAAUCAACUUAGAAAAAUCUUCUGUCCUUAUAUCCCACUAAGGACCUAUGAAAUUCUUGGCAUUGCUAUAAGCAUUCCAUUUUUUUGGAAGAAACUUCAUGUUUACUGGAACCUGAAUCCCAGAUUUGCUUUAUUUUCACCAUCUCUUCUUCCCAUUUUCCUUCCUCUUUUUUUUUUUUUUUUUUUUUUUUUU